GUUCAGACACAGUCUGAGUAGAGGACGGACAGACUGGGGACACAUUUGGAAAACAAGGACAAAGAUUCAAAGCUUCUAGGAAAUAAUAAACUUCACAUGUUUAAUAUUUCAGCUGUUUGUUCAGGCUCAGAAAUGCUGAUGUCUGUAUUCAGAUGGGAAAUAAUAUCAAUAAUCAAUAAUCUCCAAACAAGCAGAAAGCAGAUGAAAGUAAAAUGUCUCCUGUCUGAUGGUGCGGAGGACGACUUGACUGACAGCUGUAGAAAUGAGCAACAUGAAGUCAGCGUGCAGCUGCAGCAGAGGAGUUAGUCUCUCCUUUCUGCAGCUGGGACUCAAGUUGUCUGAGAACAGGGUUUGAAAUGCUGCUGAGUUCACAUGUGCUGUUUUAUAGAGACCUGAUCUCUGCUGCUUCCAUCAAAAGAUGUUUGAACAACAGGAAACAUUACAAGUCCUGACUGGAGGCUUUUCUCUUUCUGUUCAGAGACACAGGAGGUGACAGUGAAGGCUGGAGAGGACGUCACUCUUCAGUGUCGGGGUCACAGAGGUGCUGCCAUAGAAAUGAUAAAGUGGAUCAGACCUGACCCGAAGUCAGAUGAUAUUUAUGUCUUCUACUUCAGAGACGGCCGCUCAUAUGAAAACUACCAGCAUGAAUCUUAUCGUGGUCGAGUGGAGCUGAGAGAUCCAGAGAUGAAGGACGGAGACGCUUCUGUGAUUCUGAAGAACGUCAACAUCAACGACACUGGAACAUAUGAGUGUCGUGUUAAAGAGAGAAACAAUCCAGGCAAAGUUGAAGUCAUCAACACCAUCAGUCUGACAUCAGUGACAGAGCCAGGUCACACAGCUGGACACAAGGAGGGAGGAGACGAGGAGGGAGGAAACAAGGAGGAAGGAGACGGGGAGGGAAAUGUUGGACUGAGAGUUGGUCUGCCAGUUUGUGUGAUUCUUCUUCUUCUUGGUGUUGGUGGUUUUGUGAUCUUUAAAAAAUAUAACAGACCCAAAGGGAAUCAACAACCUGCUAUAGAUGAACUGCAGAACCUGCAGAGAGAUUAAGAGACCAGAGGCAGCAGAUGAUCCAGA